CACUCUCUCACCUCUCCUCGGAAACAGUAACAACAAUGGAACAAUUCUACGGUUUCAGUACUGGUUCUGAUCAGUAUUACUCUUCUUCAUCAAUACCUACGCCCCCGGAACACAUACCCCUCGCGGCGUACUACAGUAGCUUCGAGCCUCUAUCGGCGGUAGUACACGGGAGUAGCUCCGACCCGGUAUAUCAUUACUCGGGUUCUAAUUCAUCCUCCGUGUCUGAUUGUGUUUCGGUAGCGGCGGCAGGAAAUCAAAGAGGUGGAGAAGAGGUUCUGUGCACUGCCGUCAAUGCGAAGAUCGCUUCUCAUCCUCUCUACCCUAACCUAGUUCAGGCUUACAUCGAUUGCCAAAAGGUGGGAGCGCCGCCAGAAAUAGCCAAUAUUUUGGAGGACAUCCGGCCAGAAAGUGAUCAGCUCAGUAGGAGAACCGUCGGUUCGACUUGCAUGGGUGUUGAUCCUGACCUCGAUGAGUUCAUGGAAACAUACUGUGAUAUAUUGUUGAAGUACAAAUCGGAUCUGACAAAGCCCUUGGACGAAGCAAUCACCUUCUUGAACAGCAUGGAGACGCAGCUCAACAAUCUCUCCAAAACCAAUGAUGCUACUGCAGGUGAUUCUUCUGAUUAUGAAGACCUGUGUGGAGGAGAGAUUGAUGUACAGGAAUACGAUCAUCAGCAAACAAAUGAAAAUCAUGAAUUGAAGGACAAGUUGAUGCGUAAGUAUAGUGGUUAUAUAAGCACUCUGAAGCAUGAGUUUUCUAAGAAAAAGAAGAAGGGAAAGCUGCCGAGAGAUGCUAAGCAAAUCCUUACGGAUUGGUGGAACCUUCACUACAAAUGGCCAUAUCCAACGGAAGUAGACAAGAUGCAACUAGCUCAAGUAACGGGUUUGGAUCAAAAACAAAUUAACAACUGGUUCAUAAAUCAAAGGAAGCGCCACUGGAAACCAUCAGAAAACAUGCAGUUGGCUGUUAUGGAAAGUCUCUAUGGUUCGCAUCCUGUUUCGAGAGACUAACUGGCCAGAUUGAUCAGCCUCCAGCCACUGAUUAUAUUUAUUAGAUCUACUCUGAUUCUGGUCCCUUGUUAACUUGAUUUGUAAAUGAAUUCUUAAACUUGACCGAAAUUUACCUAAUGCCGGAGGAGAUCUCUACUCCCUUUUGGUUCUACCCAA